AUGUCGUUUCCUCCGGGCUUCCUCUUCCAGCCGUCGGUGUCGUUCGGUCCCGGGCUGCUGUCUGUGGGUCGGUCCUCCUCCUCUCUGGGUCGGUGCUCCUCUCUGGGUCGGUGCUCCUCCUCUCUGGGUCGGUCCUCCUCUGGGUCCGCCUUCGCUCCGUACUGUGGGUCAGGUUCCUCCAGCGGGUUCUCCUCCCACCUCCCGUUCGGAGGAGAACCCUACGCGGUGAGUGAAUCAUUUAACUUUAACAUCAUAAAUAGUCCGGGCUUCGAUCCGUCCUCUGGUCUCUCUGGUUCUGGUUCCGUGGACUUCCUCCCGUUCGGGCCCCUGGGUCCGUACGCCUACGGGGACCCGUCCUACAGGAAGAACGCCACGCGGGACGCCACGGCAACGCUGAAGGCCUGGCUCAACGAGCACCGGAAGAACCCGUACCCCACCAAGGGGGAGAAGAUCAUGCUGGCCAUCAUCACCAAGAUGACGCUCACGCAGGUCUCCACCUGGUUCGCCAACGCACGCCGGAGGCUGAAGAAGGAGAACAAGAUGACCUGGACCCCACGGAACCGGAGCGAGGACGAGGAGGACGAGGACAACGUGGACCUGGAGAGGAACGACGAGGACGACGAGAACCUGAAGGCUGAAGAGGAGCCCGAGACCAGGAGACCAACGUGUGCCCGUCUACCAGCCACUGUGGGGACCUCCUGUGUGUUGGUGUAUCGUGAGGACAGCGGCAGCAGCAGCGACACGGACCGGAGCUUCACCAAUCCGGACUUUAAGGACUCUGUGGACCGGAGGCUGGCCCUCGUCCCCGGCCCCGCCACAACAAUCCCUCCCCUAAACGCCCCCCCGCUGACGGUCAGACCGUCGAGCCCGCCGUCUAAAGAACUCGUUGACUCCUGCGGCGCCAUCCAGAGGAACCCGGCCCCUAAACCCAAACUGUGGUCUCUGGCUGAGAUCGCCACCUCUUCAGAUAAGAGUAAAGGGUCAUGUGACCCAUCCCGGACGCCGUUCCCCCACAGCCCCUCCCCCUCCCUCCCCCAACACCUCUACUACCCCUCCCCCUUCCUCCACGGUUACUCCGGCUUCGGCCCUCUGAGGCCUCUAACCGCCGGCUCACAGCUGAACGGGUUAAACCAGACGAUGCUGCAGAGAGACGGAAAACCACACAGCCAGAACCAGACCAACCAGUAG